AGCCACCAUCAUGGGGGAAACUAUCUAGUCAAAUUGCACUGCAAAAGUAUCAUUAGGAGAAAGGUGAUUUAACGAACGCAACAAUGACGGACCACCGUAAUCGGCGAAGAAACCCGUUCGAUGCGGAUCAGACCGUACUCCGGAGCGACGAACCGAUGGACGAUCACGAAUGCCAGGAUCCAGAGAAUCCCUGCGACGGACCACUCACAGCGAUGACCGAAUCGUACAGCGAAAUCGCCUAUACGCACAACCUUUUCGCUGGUCCCGGGCCAGACGAAACGGACGGGGGAGCCAGCAACGGAAACCAACCGGACGGAUCGUCUUCUUCGUCGUCCUCAUCGCAGACGAAAAAGCGACCCGAUUCGCUUGUUUGCGAUAGUCGGAAAGCUUCCUUCCCGUACAAUCUGGAAGGAACGGUUCGCGUCGACGGUAACAUGACACACUUUGUAGCAGAAAACUUGGAGUACAAAAUAAAGCUUGCCAGUCCGGUGACGGUUACGCGGAAAGAUUCCUGCAACCUGUCCAGCUCCCGCCAGAGCACCCCGUCGGCGGCAACGGCGGGCCCCAGUGGCAUCGCGCAUCUUGCGCUUCCCGGAAGCGGCGCCUUUCGGGGGCAUUCCGGGGGUCGAUCCGAACGUGGCUCCUCCGUCGAUCCGAACGUGCUGAACGAAAUCGAAAGGGAGGCCCAAGCGUUGGCCGCUUUGGUGGACAAUCUGUCGGAAAGUUUGUGCAGCGUGCUGCACUCGAUCUCGGCGAUCACUGCGGACAACGUGGAGAUCUACAAGAACGCCGUAACGAAGCUGACGGACUGCAUGGACGCCAACAUAAAGUGCAUGUACACGAUCAUGGCAAAGGCGGAGGAGAUCUCUAAAACGAUUAAACCGGCGGAAGCGUUAGCAGUGCGCAUCCGCGAAAUCAAACGACUAGUCGACAUGCUUGAAAGCAACCUCUAGCAAGGCGACGUGUGGGCAAAAACGUUACACAUUCCUUGUUACAGUCGCGUUGACGAUUACCAGAGGAUCGUCUGCCAACACG